AGAGUAGGCUGCGCGUCGUGCUCGCCCGUCUUUCCUCUCGACUUCCUCCCAGAAGCGGCCGAGCCACGUGUUUCUGUUAGCAAACCCCAUUUAUUGUCUCCUCCAGAACACGGUUUUUUGUGUUUCGCUGAAACACACAACAGCACCAUGGUGAAGUUAGCGAAGGCAAAUAAUAAAGCAGCCGCACAGAAGAAAAAGGCUCCUCCACCCCCAAAAGAUGUUGAAGAGUCGAGUGAGGAAGAAGAAAGUGAGGAGGAAGAGGUUCCACCUCCCAAAGCAGCAAAAAAGGCAACUCCUGCUAAACCCGUGAAGAACGGCACUCCGGCUAAAAAGGUUGAAAGUGAAGAUGAUGAUGAUGACGACGACGACGACGACGAUGAAUCUGAGGAGGAGGCCCCGCCACCUAAAAAAACACCUGCAAAAACCCCACCUGCCAAAAAGGCUCCUGCUCAAGAAGAAGAAUCUGAUGAUGAUGACGACGACGAUGAUGAUGAGGAGUCAGAAGAAGAGGCCCCGCCCCCAAAGAAGGCAGCCAAGCCAGCAGCAAAGCCGGCUGCCAAGCCUGCUGCUAAGGCUAAAGCAGCAAAGGCUAAAGCAGCUAAAAAGGAGUCAUCUGAGGAAGAGGAUGAUGAGGAUGACGACGAGGAGGAGGCACCACCUCCCAAAAAGGCAGCCAAACCUGCUGCUAAGCCAACCCCAAAGGCAAAAGCAGCUAAGGAGUCAUCGGAGGAGGAGGAUGACGACGACGAUGAGGAAGACGAGGAAGAUGAAGAAGAAAUGGACACAACUCCGGCUCCAGCAGCUGCCAAGGCCAAGAAGGCUGGUAUGGUGAAGGCCAAGGAAGAGUCGGAGGAGGAGGAAGAUGACGACGAGGAAGAUGACGAUGAAGAGGAGGAUGAAGAAGAUGAGGAAGAGGAAGCCGCCCCCACUCCCGUGAAGAGAAAGGCAGACAAACAGAAGGAAACGCCACCUUCCAAGAAGGCCAAGACAGACGGAGAAGGCUUCUGCGUUUAUGUUGGCAACCUGAACUGCAACAAGGACUUUGACGAACUCAAAGCUGCUCUCAGGAAAUUCUUCUCUAAGAACGAGCUGGAAGUCGCUGAUGUCCGAUUGGGUGGAUCGAAGAAGUUCGGUUACGUGGACUUUGCAUCAGAGGAGGACAUGCUCAAGGCAAUUGAGCUUAGUGGCCAGAAGAUCCUCGGUCAGGAAGUGAAGCUGGACAAGGCCCGAAGCAAGGACAGCGCACAGACAGACAAGAAGGAGCGGGACGUCAGGACACUCUUCGUCAAAAACCUUCCUUUCUCGGCCACGGCUGAUGACCUGAGGGAGCUUUUUGAAGAUGCAGUUGAUGUGCGUGUCCCACCAGGACAAAACGGAUCCAACAGAGGAAUUGCCUACAUCGAGUUCAAAACUGAGGCUGAAGCUGAGAAGAUGCUGGAGGAGACGCAGGGGGCCGACGUUCAGGGGAGGUCUAUCAUGGUGGACUUUGUAGGGGAAAAAAGCCAGAAAGGAGCCAGAGUGCCAGCUGGAGGCCCUGUCAGCAAAACACUGGUGGUGAAUAACCUGUCGUUCAGCGCCACAGAGGAAGUGCUUCAGUCGACGUUUGAGAAGGCGGUGUCCAUUAGGAUCCCACAGAGAGACGGCAGACCUAAAGGGUUUGCGUUUGUCGAAUUUGAGAGCACAGACGACGCCAAGGAGGCGCUGGAGAACCUGAACAACACUGAAAUCGAAGGGCGCUCCGUCCGACUGGAGUUCAGCCAGAGCAGCGGAGGCAGAGAUGGCGGUCGAGACGGCGGCAGAGGAAACGCUGGUCCCACAAAAACCCUCUUUGUCAAGGGUCUCUCAGAGGACACGACAGAUCAGUCACUCAGGGAAGCUUUUGAGAGCGCGGUGGGAGCCAGGAUAGUCACAGACCGAGAAACUGGAUCUUCUAAAGGAUUCGGCUUUGUGGACUUUGACAACGAGGACGACUGCAAAGCUGCCAAGGAGGCCAUGGAAGACGGCGAGAUCGACGGCAGCAAAGUGACGCUCGACUACGCCAGGCCCAAAGGCGAGGGAGGCUUCAGAGGAGGACGUGGCGGCGGAGGCUUCGGCGGCCGCGGCGGCUUUGGAGGAAGAGGUGGCGGCCGCGGAGGCUUCGGUGGCCGAGGAGGCGGCAGGGGAGGACCUCGUGGUGGUGGACGUGGACGAGGAGGCUUCAGAGGUGGACGAGGUGGAGGCGGCGGCUUCGGAGUCAAGCCCCAGGGAAAGAAGAUCAAGUUUGACUAAGUUGAUCCAAUUUUUUGUCUUUUUUUUUUUUAAUUUUUUUUUUGUUUUUUUUUUUUGGAAAGGACUCUGGUUUCAUUAAUCUUCAGAGCUUUUGGACAUUCCAGAAAGCGUUGUUGAUGUAUUUAACUUGUAAAAGGGCAUUUUAGCCCUUUCUUUAGAGCCUAGAAUCCUCCGUCACCUUCCUGCGCCAGACUCGCCUCCCGUGACCUUUUCAGCUGACGUACUAUCUGAACGCCCCCAACGCAGCCCUCCUCCCCCGAGGGAGUCACGUGACAUGGCCUGGCAAACUCGUUUGCUGUGAAAACCGCUCGUUUCCUUUCUGAUACAUUGUGUAAAUUUAAAACAGUUUGUAUGAUUUACUUUUACCUUUUGUAAAAAAACAAAACCCAAUACACUUGUAUCCUUGUUUAUUUUAAUUUCCUUCUGCCGUUCUGUUGAAUUUAGCUACCAUGUUUUACUGUAAUGUGCAAAGCAUAUUUUGAUAGAUUUGAGUGUUCUCAACAAGUGGGAUGUUUGAAUGACAAGUGCUUUGUCAUGUUUGUACAGUGAGCAGUCACUGAGUUGAUUGACAAGACCUCUUAUCUAUGUAUGUUUGUAGUGAAUGAACAGUUUUGUUCUGGAAAUAUCAGUGAUUUUCACUCGGUUGAAUAAACCCUGUAGGUGGUGAUUUUUACAUUCCUA